AAAUAAUGUGUGAGAGAGAGACAAGAAAAAAAAAAGAGAGAAGAAGAAAAGAAGGGAGAAAAAAGUUACCAUAAGUGAGGGUAGGAAAAAAAAAAGGAACAAAAAGCAUAAGUAAAGACCCCAUACCACGUCCCAUCAAGUAGACUAUUAAGCACAAAAUUAUAGUCUUUCAAUUCAACAUUUUUAUUUAAUUCCUCCCCACAACAAAGAACCAUAUUUCCUUCCAAUAAUCCAAUCUGGUGUUAUCAUUAAUUUCUCUCUUCGUCUCCUAGCUAGCUACUACUAUGAAGUUCUAGCCAAGAAAAAUUCCCCUUUAAUUUAUAAUUUCUUCAACACCUAGAAAUGAUGUCGAAUGUUGAAACUCCAAGAUACCCUAUGGAAGGAGGAUCUUCACAAUCAAGCCUUAAUCAUCAUCAACAACAACAACAACAACAACAACAACCAACGAUUCUAAGCCGAUACGAAUCUCAAAAACGUAGGGAUUGGAACACUUUUGGUCAGUACUUGAAGAAUCAAAGGCCACCGGUUACUUUGUCCCAGUGUAACUGCAACCAUGUGCUUGAGUUCCUUCGGUAUCUGGAUCAGUUCGGAAAGACUAAGGUUCAUUUACAUGGUUGUGUGUUCUUCGGACAACCCGAUCCUCCUGCUCCUUGUACUUGUCCUCUCAGGCAAGCUUGGGGCAGCCUGGAUGCUUUGAUCGGCCGGCUUCGAGCUGCUUAUGAAGAGAACGGAGGUUUACCGGAGAGUAACCCUUUUGGGAAUGGAGCGAUUCGAGUUUAUUUACGCGAGAUUAAGGAAGGUCAAGCUAAAGCUAGAGGGAUUCCUUACAAGAAGAAAAAGAAGAAGAAGAAUCAGAAUCUCAAGCAUUUCAAGCAGUCUUCUACUACUACUCCUGCUGCUGCUGCUUCCGCAAGCUGCUAAGCUCAAACAAAGGGAUCCAAAGGGGCCAGCAUUAUCAUCACCCGGGGGUUGCAGACAGUUAAAAAGUGUAUUACGUUCUGUUUAGAUCUUUAAUUCGAUAAUAUGUAGUUCUACUUCAAAGCUUAGUUCAUCAGUAAGACGGUAAGUGGGUAUUUUCCAAAAAUGAGUGCGAUCUCUUGUCCAUUAUAUAUUUCAUUAUAAUUUGUGUGUUUAUUGCUUGAUUUUUUCAUAUCGAUUACAAGAAAAUAAAAAUGAAACAAGGCCACAAAACUACAUCAAGAAACUAGUGGGAAUAACAAAAUUGAAAUCUGAAUACGAGAUGAAGCAUGAGAUAUCACAAUUAGUCAUGAUUUCCAAAUAUCUCUCUAGUAUGAAAUAUCACUUUUAAUAAUUUGAACUAAAAAUAAAAGUUAAAGAGGAAAAUAAAUUUGGAACAGCAGGAGUGCUUAUUACCAAUUAGCGGAAAAAAAAUAAAAUUGCUGAUGUGCGAAGUGUUUUUGUAAAAGAAUGUGUAAAAAGUCUCUGUCUUAGUAGAGUGGUCUUAGGCUGCUGGUAGAUAGAAUGGAUUCACAAAGUUUCAGCUCACUACAGAAUGGCCAUCCAUAUUGCCAGUACAGAAAUUAGCUGCUAGAGAAAAAUAAAUUUUUUUUACCCAUAAUACCCUUAAAAGAGUCAAACCCUUUUCUCCCUCGCUGUAGAGUUCUGCAACUAAGUCACUGUCUGCUCACUGUAAAAUUUUAAGACUACAAUUCUAAUCAUUUGAUCACUAAUUUUCACAUGAUAACUAAUCACUUGAUUGAUCCUCGUUAAAAGCGACUGAUUCUUAUCACCAUCUUCCUGAUAAAUUGCUUUCAAAAUGAAGGAGAAAGACUAUAAUUUUUUAAUAAUCCAACUAAUUCUAAAUUCAAAGCACCAAAACUUAUCGGAAUGAAGAAAUACAGUGACAGCCAAAAUCAUUAUUCUAUCUUUGCGGAGCACAUAAAAUCCAUUGCUAAUUAAUCAAUUAUAAUAUCUCAAUGCACCAUAAUAGAAAACUUGCUUGAAUACCUAAAAGUACUACUUUCUAUGGUCUUAUUGUUAUUCAACUUAUGUGCAGAUACGUAUAGAAGAGGCAUUCAUCGGAACUAAUGAAUUGGGAAUCCAUUUUAGACAUCACGUUCUUUGCGGACACCUUUUAGAUUGGUUUCUCAGAGUUGUCAACAGGAGGGAAGAGUGGGGUAAAAUUAACCUUUGCAUCAACAACCCAAUCUACAUAUGCUUUUGUUUCAUAUUCCUAGGCUACGGUUGCAAGGAUAAAAAAAGAGUGGGAAUUGAAGUGAGGAAUUCAUAAGAAUUAGAUAAAAUCUGAUAAGGAGAAGAUAAGGAAUAAGGACAAAAGAAGAAUGAGAGCUUGUUUGACACACACUAAGAUUAUUAUGGUAAAAACAAUUUAUUAUUGUUGUGGUAGUUAAUAUUUGCGCUGGUAAUAUCGCUAGCCCUAGAGAAUUAGUCAUCUUUUCACGUUGAAAAUCGUGCUAAACAAAAAAA